AUGCGUCUAUCCAUCUUGCCUACUUUGCUGAUGGCUGGAGUCUGCGUGGCUCAGGGCGACCUCGCUGCGCUUCUCGCGUCCCAGCCCGACCUCAGCACGCUGCUUGAGCUUGUCAGUCUGGUGGAUGGCCUCGCAGAUACCCUGUCCUCAGCUUCCAAUAUUACCAUCGUGGCUCCGACGAACCAAGCAUUUGCCAACGUGCCGCGGGAUAUCCCGGAGGGUGAGGCCAUCGAGCUUCGCAACGAUACCAUUGCCAUCGGAGCACUCCUCGCAAACCACGUCUUCAAAGGGGUUUACCCAUCAAACGUCAUCACUAACGUUCCCACCUUUGCCCAGACCCUGCUCGACAUUUCAUACGUCAAUUACAGGCAGCCAUUCUCCAACUUCACAGGCGGCGCUUACAAUGGACUCGUGAAGAACGGAAAUGAUGUUUGCAUCUUGUCGGGAGAGCAGACCAUUUCCACCGUUACCCAAGCUGAUAUUAAACUUGGAGAUGGAAUCACAAUCCACAAAAUUGACACGGUCCUCUCAUUCGGCGCCCCAUUCCAGCUAUUCACAUUCCGAGCCGGCUAUCUCGCCAUGAACGCUGCGCUGGAGGCUGCCCACCUGAAUUUCGCUUUCGGCGAGACCGGAGCCGACGAGCAAGGCCUCAACAUCUCAGACUUCACAAUCUUUGUGCCUACCGACGAGGCCUUCGAGUCGAUUGGUUCCGUGCUGGAAUCGGCGAACAUAGAAACGCUCCAGGAGGUUCUUCGCUACCACAUCAUUCCCAAUAAUGUCAUCUUCUCGCCGUCCUUGGGGAAUGUCACGGUUCCCUCUCUUCAAGGGACCAACCUUACUUUCACAGUCUUGCCGGACGGGUCAGCCUGGGUCAACAACGCAAGAAUCACAUUUCCCAACACGAUUCUGUUCAAUGGUGUCGCCCAUGUUAUUGAUGGCGUUUUGAGCCCCGGAAACUUUGAUCGAUCUUCUUUGAAGCCUGCAGCACCAGCAUCUGAACGCCUCGCUUUCCCUGGCGCAAGCUCGGUCUCGAGCUUGCCUUUCACAAGCGUCUCUUUCGCAACGGAUAUGAUGGCAUUUACAGCGACGCCAUCUUUACUUCAGACAGUUGCUGCCGUCGCUACUUCUACGCCAACUGCCACUGCCACAACGUCUAGCCAGCCAGUGCCCGUUCCGAUUAGCAAUGGCAGCGAUCUCUUCCCCGGCAUCAUCUUGGCUCUUGCUGUGGCCACCGGAAUCGCUACAUUUCUCAUCUAG